UCCAAAGUCACGAAAAAAGACGACUAACGUAUGAAAAAGCCGAGUUGAAGAAAUAAAGGCUUAUACAUAGGCUUUACUGCUCGGCCAGAGUUGUCUGGUAUGCACAUCGAUAUCGAAGAAAUUGAUUGAUAAAAAACUACAUGACCACCGUCUUCUUCACUCGCGUCCUCACCCGAAUGCCUUUCUUCGCUAUUACGACCGUUGACGGUUCAUAGACAAAGCCAAGUCCUGCAAGCACAGCUCGAAAAUGCCUUCAGGUGGUUCAGGUCCGGUGGUUCCAGCACUCCCCCUAGUCGAUCAGAUCCUAGUUUCGAAUGCUUUCGAUCGGAAACAUCUGGGUGAUGAUGAUUGGGGUGGCGGCUUGUCGCCCGCACCAAGCGCGCGUGCGGCGUCGAUCGCAAGAACGAGAGAUGAUGAAAGCAAGAGCAAUUUAUGAGCUGCUCAUGACCACGAGGACCAGUAUCAGUAUGUAACUAGUAAAUGAGAAGUGUCUUUGGACGGCACUUUGUCCUCUUUGCAUGAAUAAAAUGUCCACGCAGGAGCAUCGUGACCGAAGUCACUAAGCACUCUGCUUUUGUAGCACUGUCACUGUGCUAACACUCGUUCAUCAGAGUUCUUCUAUAUCGACUUCUGCGUUCAAAUUGUUUAUUCUAACUCCCGCCUCUCUCGCUCCUCCUUAUCUCGACGAACGCACUGCGGCAGUGAGACGCCUGACCGACAUUCGUCCAGCUGAGUAUAUCAGAGUUUUUACGUCCAGUGCGAGAGUCGGCUCAGCUGGCUGUCCUCUCCGCCUAUGGCACAACGGUGGCAGUGGUGCUGUCUCAAGGGCCGGGAGGGUGUCUACUGUGGUUAUGAAUUAGAAGGAAGUACAAAGAAGCACGGCGUAAGGAAGUAUUGUGUAAGGAUUGGAAGGAAGCACUGUCGUGUAGGGAAGUACAAAGAAGUUCCUGAAUGUAUGAGAUGAAUGCUCGCUACUAACUUCUAGCAACGGUCAUUAGUCCACAACAUAUUUCACAGCACGACCACAACGCAUUUCACAACGAUUUGCCGACAGCAAUUAUUCUCACCCUCAAACUUCCCAAUUUUUACCCUCAAACUUCACACGACUGCUCUAACUAUUCUCAACCUCAAGGUCAAGUCCUUUUCUAUAAUUGUCAGUCAGUUCUUCAUCUAGUUCUUCAUCUUCUUCACCCCCCUCUAAUCUCAAAGGAGUUCUUUUCGAUGGCGUGCCCUGUUUCACCUACGAUGCGGAGCGGGAGAAAUUCGACAGGCGCUGGGUCAAGCUAGAUCCAAGCUAUAACUUUCUCUACUUUCUGACGACGAAUCUGGUAUUUAUGGGCUCAAUUUUCAUGAUUUUGUCUCCUCAAGCUAGCAAGAACCACGAGUAAGAUAUUUUGCUAACAUGUCUCGCUUCUAACAACGCAACGGGAGCACUGGUACCAGGUUCGCGGAUGAGUGGUCUAGUCCAGCAAGCACGCGACGCCGCGAAGCAGGCUGCGACUGGGGUGGGGGCCGCCACUGAUCAACAAGUUAUCAAGUGGAUUUGGAUGUGGAUAUUAGUUUGGAGGUUGUAACUACAUCUACAAGAAGCCAUCCACUAGUAGAUCUAUGUUGAGCUUCAUCUUUAUUGUUCCUCUCCUAUGAUCUAACUCUGAAAGUUCACGAUGAUCUCGAUACCCUUCUAACUCUGAAAAGAUGUCCGCUGCCCGUGCCGCAAACCAGCCAGCAGAUUGCAUAGCCGUCAGGAUGGACAAGAUAGGCAACAUCGUAGGCGGCCAGCGAGCCUUCGAUAUUUGUGUCGAGCAUUUGCUGAUCAGGGAUCAUAGACUGAAUGCCAGAGACGUGAUUAUUUAAGGCUUUCCCUGAUCCAUCUUCAGAAGCAUCCACCUAGAGACGUUUUCAGGUGGAAGACGGUUCCGAGAUGCACUACGAGAUCAAUUUGGGUGAGCGCUAAACUCUCCUGGUCAGGAAAAGCUUGACGAAGAAGCGUGGCCAAGACGAAGGUGGAAGAAAGCCACCAGUGAGCGGUGGAUUGCCGCUUGUAGCUAAGGCUCUUCUUGGCUCCUGCAGCACUAUUUUUAGUUUUACAUAUUCCUCGUAAAUUAUAUACUUCGUAGUUGGUCCUUCGUUCAUUCUCACCCUCGCACUCACUGCCUGAACCAACUACUUAAAAAUGUAGGUAACGGCAGAUGAAGGAAACUCAGCCACAGAACGAGGUAUCAUGUCUUUGCUUCCUAAUAAAUCUUGCACUGAACUUCGUGCGAGAUUUAUUGUAUUGCAUUCUAUUUCUAAGUUCCAGGGCUUAGAAGAUCGAGCACUGCAACUCGGCGAAUGUACAAUUCUCCUGGCUGCGCCACAAAGCCACUUGAAGCGAUGUCUGAAUGUGGCGAUCGCCAAGAGUCCCAGUAUUUCCGACAAACAUCACGGUUAUGGAUGAUGUUUUUUCUCGUCCCAUUUAACAGAGAGACCAUGAUCGAGGCUGCUCCUUUCCCCCUUAAAACUGUAAAGGUGAAGGCUAAGGGGGGCCUCGAUGGUCUGGCUAGAUGGAUUAGACGCCGUCCAUAACGGCGCUGUCCUCACGAUCAUGGGCUGUAUCCGCAAUCGGUUAUUGAGGAAAUUGGUGAAAGUCAAAAACAAAGUUUUGGUUAUGACUUUCAGAAAUCUUAAGCACGUUCUUGUUGACUUGAGUAGAUUCAACACUCACAUCGUGGAGACUUCCAGAAGUCCCUGGUUGUCACAGAAUGCACGGACGUGGUGUAUCUUGGGUAAGCAGAGUCACUCAAGAAGAAGGAUAUAAAAUCCAAGAUUUUUCGUGUCAACAUGCAGCUGUAGUUAGUAGCUAGCGGUUUCUUUCUCUAUGAUGAUCUAGUUCUAGGACUUAAAGUGAAAGUUCUUCCAAUGUGUAGUCAGUCCGCAUAUGGCAGAAUCCCCGACGCACAUUUUUUGUCGAGUUACGAGCUUUGGACCUACAACUGGAGUUCAGGAACAUGGCAACCCCAUUGGCGAUUCAGAUACCAAUGAAAGGCUCAAAGACACUAGAUCAACGAGGAACUGCCGUGAGCACACGGGAAGCAGUUUUAGCGGCGAUCAAGAUUAUGAAGAGAAUCCGACCUGUUUUUUGUCUUCUGAAGAGAAAGAGUUUCUUGAAUUCUAAGGCCGAUGAAAUUGUUGCGUGAUGUAGGUGGUGAUGCCAUUGUCUUUCUAGCUCCUGCUCAACCUCAGCUUUAUCGAAUUUGACGUAUGACCUAACCUAACCUAUCGCCCUCUUUAAGUAUUUUAGUGCUACCUCAGCUACCUCAAAACUACAUAUGCCAUAAUUAUUCUCAGAAGUCUCUAAUCUAAAAGCCAAACCCGACCUAGGGACGAACUGUGUCGCGUCAGUGCAGAGCAUUGCCGUUGAGGUGACAGAUGUGCGCAGUACGCGAGGUCUAACACAGAGGACUGGAGGUGCGCUGUGGCUGGUGCAAGAGGUAAUACUUUCUCCACUACAAACGCGAAAAACACUACGCAAAACCAGGAAAAAAGAAGAAAAAGCAGCAUCGAAGAUUAUGCUGAUGACGUGAUAUUUAUUGACAGAUUGAUAAUAUUGGAUGGCCUGCUAAAGAAAAGUAGACAUUAAUAGCUACACAAGAGGCGCCAACAUGACAUGACUGAUAUUGUUUGUACUUUCUUGGUAGUUACCUGGUUCUUGAUCAUCAAAACUUAGAACCCUUUCUGGGGUGCCAUAGUUGCGAUCUUCCUAGAUACUCACGGACAAGCACAUUCUAAUUAUUAGAAGAAACAACAAGUUCCUCUAAGUCUUUUAACCUCAGCAAGAAAGCAGCAGAACAAGCCGCCUCGCCAACUUCUGAAGAGGGUCGUAAGCGGAGCGGCUUUGCCGGUAGGAGGCCGCAAUCUGUGCAAUCAGCACCAGCGCCUGUCGAACCUGGUUCCAGCGAAGACGAAGAUAAAAACGAUUUUUUUGGUAGUAUAACUUCUUCUAUAUCUAGUAGACUGUGACUGACAGUUGCAGAAUUAUAUGUUGCUGGAUCAAAGGAACAUGGAUCAAAUAUCUUGAUCUUCAUGCUCAUCAAGUGAUGUAUUCCCAUGAAAAUAGUUGUACCACGUUGACCAACAUCAGCAAGCUCCACUGCGGAGUCUUAAAAAAAGGACGUUUCUACUUCAAUAUAAUUCCGUCGUCAACACCAUGAUCUUGAUCAUCUUUUCCGCACCUUCAUGUUCGUCUUCGACAUCUUUUCCAGUCUCAACGACUAUGACCGAUGCUCAACUCGACUUGGCAAAGCGUUUCGUCUUUUUGCACGAAUACGAUGGUGGACUCGGCGCAAGAGGGAGGAAGAUGGCCUUUGAACGCACUGACGCUAUUUCAAGACACCAUCAAGCUUAGGAAUGAUGUUUUUUCCAUCGUUGUAGACUCAGCAAAGGCACCCUGAUACUAAUAUAAUCCUAUCGUGGUCUUAUGUACUCAUGAAACCAACAUAAUGUUGCUGGCACGCAUUUCUUCAAGCGAAAAAAGUGCUAAGGUGGUCUGCGUUUGGUUUAUUAGGCUUAAAACUGAGAAAAAACGUCUACGUCAUUCAUAAAGCAAACUCUCCUGGAAAGGAGGUCAUCCCAGCGAUCGUGCCGUCAGAUAGUGCUGCACGCUCAUUCUACGGGGAUAUGUUGUUAUGGCAGCUUGAAUAUUUUGAUCGUUGGUGUUUUGUUCAUUGCAAGUAAGCUGUUCAUUACAGAUAAUUGCAUGCAGGAACGACUUGUCGUUACUGCAUUAUUUAUUCGAUUCGAAAUUGACUGAUAACCCCGUGGUGCGAGCACAUUCGUCGAUGCGAGCACAUCUACUUCGUGUUCUUCAAGUGGUCUAGUGAGAAGAGAGAGAGAAAGAGGAAAAGAAAAAGAAAAUUCAUAUAGUAAAAAAAAAAUAGAGGCUAGUAUUAAUCGACAUGCAAAUCGGCUUAUGUAGAAGAUAUUUAACUGUCCAUCAAGUCCAAGUCCAAGUUAGGGCAACACUCCAAAACUCCAGAAAUCUUCAGUCCACGACUAGUCCAGGAAAUUUUUCUCCCACCACUCUCCACCCUUGAUCUCGUCGUCGUUGGUUGAAUCAAAACCAUCUCAUUCCGUUGUAAUUUUUCAAACAUGAUCGCUGCAUUAGCAGCUAAGAAGCGCGAUCAGGCAGAAAAAGCCAUAAUCGCCGAAAAAGCAGCGCAGCAACGGUUUGAUAGGACGUUAACCAACAUUUGGGCGCCAGGACCAAAAAUGGCCAUCAGCGCCAAUAAAAGACUACCGUGGCAGCAAACCCCAGCUGCAGCUGCGCGCUCCCUCCCUUAUUUCCAGCCUCCAGCUAGGUGCACUACUGGAGCGUCAUCUUCACAUACUUCUACUUCUGUUACUUCGUCCGGCAUUGUGAUCAAGAAGCCUCGGGAGGUCAUUACGGCAAAAAGACGAGUCGCAUGCGACAUAGCAGCUGACUCAGGUCUCCUUGGCGCAGCUCUUGGCAAUUUGGAGAAUUUGCUCAUCAACAAAAAGAGUAAUGCGGUGGCUAACAGCAGGCUUCGUUCAUACGAGAUGAUCAUCAAACGCACUGCUCUUCGGGCGUGGCCUGCCACGGAAGCAUCUCUUUACACCUUCAUUGGUAUCGCGGUGGCGGCAGAGUAUGCUUCGGUGCCAGAAAUCGUUAGCGAUGUUCUGGCAGCAUCUCCACAACUUGAGGAUUACAUCGGCCUGCGCACCAGGGAAGUCCUUGCCAGGCUUCGCCGUAAGGGAGUGCUUGGCGAUCGUAAUCAAAAGCAAGCACUCACGCUCGCCAUGAUCAGCAAACUCCCACCUGGCAACGACCAUUGCGCGUUGCAGGCCAAACUCAUGGCCAUCCUUUUGGUCUCCUUUUUCGGAGCGCUCCGGAAAAGCGAGGCUGCCGCGGUGGCGUACGGCCCUCCAACGGCCAACUAUGUAGGUUUGCGAUUCGACAAAGCUGAUGACUCACUAGUGCUUGAUUUUUCUUUGUACAAGCAGAAGGGUGGAGUCAAAUGCGCUCGCGUUACCCGAAUUUUCUGUGCAUGUUGUGACAGUGCGCCGGUCGGCAAGAAGGACCGCGUCUGCUUGAUUCAUAAUCCUGUUCUUCACGCGUGCACCAAGACGUUCACAGCAGGCGGCAUGGAUACGCUUUGGGCUAUCAAGACGUUGGUUCGCAACCUUAAGCUCACCUCAGCUGAGCAGGCCGCGUUUGCCACCCAUAGCUGCCGUGUCGGCUGCGCAGUUCAUCUCUUCUCUAACGAGAUCAUGCCGGAGCAGAUCAUACAUCAUGCUAGGUGGUCUGAUGCCACGAUGUUGCUUUAUUACGCGAGGAACAGCAAGAAGCACGCGCGUCCGGCGCACUGGACGAACGCCAUCAAUUGGAUCAAGAAUUGCCAGAUGGCGCCACUUUCGAUUGAGGCGCAUGAGCAGAUUGCUCUUGAUGAAUUAGAUCCUGACGAUCUUGAACUUUGCACUUGAGUUUCGUCCGUCCCCAUUCCGCGAACAUGCAAUCCUGAGAAGGAAGCGAAUGUAUCCCCAUUUCAUCUCCUUUUUCCUAGUCGGAUGAGAAGAAAAAAAAAAAAAAUAAGAAAAACGGUCCAUCUUCGUUUAGUCCACUUUUUGCUCAGGUAAUUCAAUUACGUCAACUUUAAAAAAAAAAUAUAAAAACAGUCUCCCUGGUUCGACGCGGCCUUCGGUAAGACCGUUGCCUCCUCUCUCGAAUAACCAAAAAGAAAACACGAGUGAAACGAGUGCCGAGAAAAAAAAAGGGGGAAGAAAAAAAAGCAAAAAGAUGACAUCCACUCAAAAGGGCAGUUUAGUUGAAGUGCAAGAGUUAUCGCACAUGCCGUCAAGGUUAACACUCCUCCGUCAUGGAGUUUUUGUUUACUUAAUCACAAACGCGCACUCAUCGAUGUCGAGCGUUGACACACCCACGAGGCGUUGCAGUUCAGUUUCAGACAACUUUUCCUCCCUUUUGGUGGUUUCUAGUCGUUAUCAUCUUAUUGAACAAACAUGGCUAAUCUUGGUCAAGGCGGACUCCCGGCAGCGGGCGCACCGCCGGCCCCGGGUGGUGCAGCAGGGCAACCUCAACCUCCACCUCCUCCGGUUGGAGGGGGUGCUCAAGGCGGCCUAGGCAUUGUCGCAGCCGCAGCUCCGCAGCAACCCAUCAACAUCCAACUCCAAGUCAACGAUUUGGCUCAACAAAUGGUGCGUGCACAAGACACGCGCGCGAUGGGUACUGCCGCAGAGGUCAUGGCCCACGGGGUGUGUGUUGGUCAAAUCACUGAAAUUUCGAUGCAGCCAGACCUGGAGUUAUGUCGCAAGGUAGGAUAUUUCUUUGUUCCCUUUUGAGUGUCUUUUUGUUCCAAUUGUUGCGAGUCUCUUACUUUUGGUCCCUUUCUAGUGUUACAGUAAAAAGGAAUUCGUCCUACACAUGUUCGCAAUUCACUCGCAGGUGAACAAGGAGCUUUUCAAGAAGCAGCUGCACCUGGCUACGAAAGGAGGAAUUGAGGAGAGGAGUUGUAACUCCAUUUACAAAUUCCUGUAUGCGUUAGCAUUCAACGGGGAGAAUGGUUCAGUCCUUAACUUUGCAGAGUCGAACCAACUUGUGCUGAUGGUGAAGAGUGCGGAAUUGUCGGAUCAGGAUAAGAUGCGCAUCUUCACGCAGACUCUCCUCAGUUCUGCGUCGGAAGUUGAACCGAAUCCACUUGCCCCAACGGAUGUGGCAGCAUAUCGGUUGAGAAUGGAAGCAUGGUGCUAAGUUUCUUUUGAGUUGGUUCUUCUAAAAAAAAAACGUUCUUGCUAUCUUCACGUAAGAGCUUUCUUCCCUGUCCAGGACUUCACUGCGUAAGACAGUGUUAUCAUUCUGGUUUCUUUUUAUACUCGUUCAAGCUAUUCCAGGUUCACGGGAGCGUUCCCUUUGCUUUGGCGCCACGCAGCAGAUGCGCAGAGCACUCUUUCGAAAGCUCUUGAUGCGAACAACAAGAGGCUAGAAGAACUUCAGAAUGAAGUUAACGAGUGGAAAGCGUCGUCGCUGAAGUGGGGAGGCCCUUACAACAACAACAACUUCUACCACAACAAUAACCGCGGAGGAGGAAAAGGCCAGAGGAAUGACAAGAACAAUGAUAAGCCAAAAGGCAAGGGCAAGAAAGGCGGAAAAGGCGGCAAGGACAAGGGCAAGGGCAAGGCCAAAUUACCGAAUGCGUGUUUUGACUGGAUGUGGGGUUUCUGUGAAAAGGAAAACUGUCCUCACGAACAUAAGAAACCAUCUAAAGAUCAGUUUGAGGCCAUGCAGGCUAGCAAGAUGGCUUGGGCAGUGCAGGGCCUUGAUUAUGAUAGCAUCCCGGAUAGCUAGGUGUAGUAUCGGCUUGAAGAGUAUGGUUCCGACAGUCGUGCAUUUAUUGCUAGUGGUUCAAGUUUCGGCUUUGGUAGCCAAGUGUGCUGCAACUUUUUGCUGUCAUUAUUGUAAGCGUGUUUGAGUUAAGUUUGUGCAUAAGACCUUGCUUCUGGAUGUAAUGUGUAUUAUGAGUGUUUUUUUUUGAGUGACUGAUCCGUGAUCCACAGUCGAGUAAUGUUUGGUGUCUUCUUGAAAGUGUCAUGCUAUAUUUUAGUAAACGAACGUGUCUCCAUUGAAAACAUAGCGAUCGUGAUGUGAUGAAGUCAUGUGUUUAUGAUAGUUGUUGGCUUACUGUUGUCUUUGGUUCCUUUUCGUGUAGUACCACUAACUCACCUCCAAAUGAUUCCCAUCAGUCAUCCGUUUUUUGCUCAAGUUUUUCCCAUGAUCAGUUUUUUUUUUGUGCUCCUUAGAUUUUUUUUUUUGCUACCUAAAUUUCAGUUCAGGCUGUGCAUUAGGACUCCGUCCUUCUUUUCAACAAGGAUGGGGGUGUCAAUCAACGAUUCGCCAUAGAAGAAAAAGGAAAGGGUGUAGCAGAUUUCCAUGCUUCAUUUUCUUCACACAGUAUUAUGUGAGAGAAUAUGUGGCGCUUGGCGUCGUGGGCAGCAGGCUCAAAGUGUUAAAAAAAAAAGUCUUUUUGUUCUCUUUGAGAGAGCGUGUUAAAAAAAAAAGGAAAAAAGAAAGGAGGAGUUGUCGUGUGAGAGUCACUCUCACUUCGUCGGAGUCUUUUUAUUCUCAUCUGCUUGGAAUACUGAUGGGCGCUAGUGUAGCUGAUGCCCGCGCGCAUCACAGUCUUAGUUAGCAAGCUUGUUGCUUUAAUAGUAGAGUGUCACAAUGGACACAGUGAAGAAUGGGAAUCAACUUGCUCAAGAGCAAGAGUUUGAGAAGGAGUUCUUGGCGAUGCGCGCACGGAUCGACUUCGAUAUUAGAAGGAAAUUUCCUUUUAAACCCAUCGAGGGUGAAGCGCGUCGCUUCAUUAAGAAGCUCAGGUUCUCAAGACCGGGUCAGAUCUUCGAGUCUUUUAGGAAGACCUUGGAGGAGAGGCUGAGAGGAGCUAGCGCACUAGAUGCGGCCAUGAAAUGUCGGAUGACCGCCCACAUCUUCAAGUUCAGCAAGAAAUUUGCUAUUGGCUUGAUGCACUCGUUGGCCGACCAGUACCUUCCAGAAGAUCAAUUCUUCUACACACCUUUGUUUCGGGGGGCAACUACGGUAGGCCCCACUGGCGCGCCAGACUAUUGGCCGGACCAUUGCAGGCCAAGGCCAGAAAGAGAAUCAAUCGCUUCACUCCCGGCGAACAUCGAGUCGUUUAAGUCCGCAGCUGCCCCAGAUUGGCCGUUAGAAGACGCAUUGUUUACGUGGCAGGGCUCACUUAUGGAGUGUCUGGAGCCUGCGAAGGAAGAUAUCAGCUUCCUAAUGCAGCCACAACAUGUAGAGUUGGGUUGGAGUGGUGUUCUGGAGUUGCUGCCCCUGAACUGCCGCGGGUGUGUAGCCAACCUUCUACUUCUCUUCCUGUGGGGAGAAACGCCAGGCACCAACUCCUUAGACGGUCCCUUCUCCAUCGCAGACGCAGAAAAGAGGGGUUGGCGGCUCUUGACACGGAGAUUCCCAACCCGUCAGGCGAGUAAGAUUCGUCUCAUCGACCCGCUUGUGCCGCAAAACAAGGUCUCGACCUUGGAGAAAAGCGUUCCCAUGACGUCGGCGGGUGACAUCUUGGCACAGGCGACUGCGCUUCAUGACGUCAAUCUAGUAGAUCAGCCAGUGUGCAAGAUGAAUAGGAAACUCAUCAAAGAGGCACUGAAAGAGGAGAAAGCAUACGAGAAAGACGCUUGCGGUUUCAUUUGCGACGGCGGUCCUUCACCGUCAGAGAGGUGGUUCCACAAGAGAGCUCAUCCGUCACGCAAACACGAGUUUUGUAACGAUCCCAGCGCGCAGGCGCAGUCUCGCAAAAGGUCUGCUGAUCAAGCACAAGCUUCCGACGAAUCCAUCUCCUUUGCGGUUAUCGCAGUUUCCUUGUUCGUUGUGGAUAUCCUGAAAGCCUACAACAAUGUGCCGAUCCGAGAUUCUCAUCUCAUCUUCAACCGGAUCGCUGUUUGGAGUCCAGUCCAUUCGGCCUUCUUCGCCUUCCAGUGCUUAGUGUGUGCUUUCGGCAACGUUCAUAGCGUCACGUGCUGGAUACGUGUCUCAUGGGGUGUCCGCCUCAUUUUUCGUCGGAUGCUGUUCGCUCUUUUGGAGUUGUACGUCGACGAUUUCUCCGGCAUUGCCCCCACUAGGUUGGCGCAAGAACUCUUGGACUGUUUCAUCUGCUUUCUGGAUUUUUUAGGCUUGCCGUAUGCCAAACGCAAGGUGAGCAUCGGCGCCGACAUUGAAGUUUUAGGGCUGCUCUUUCGGCUGUCUGGCAGACCCUUCUUCGAGGUCUCGAAGGACCGCGUUUUGCACAUCGUGAAAACGAUCGACUCCAUCUUCAACGAAGGGAAGCUUGAGCCUCCCGCUGCCAGGAAGCUUCAAGGUAAGCUGUUCUUCAUUUUUGUGUCGCUUGUGGAUCGUGCCGUCAACCCUGUGCUCAGACCGUUAAUCAACCGGUCUGAAGAACUCGACGGCACAAGUGCGCUCACACAUCGCUUGAAGCACUGCCUGGAAGUUGUCAAGUUCCUCGUCCAGCAGCCAAUGAAACGGUUUGCGAAAUUCUGUGGUGACGCGAAUGUCGGCAACAUCAUCUACACCGAUGCGUCGUAUGCAGAUGGUUCGGGAAGGUUGUCGGGGGUCAAAGUCAUUGUUCUCGAUGAUGGCAAACUAAAAUUUUUGUGGUUCACUUAUCUCUUGUCUAAAGAUGAUCUUCACCCAUGUUCCGGGCGCCAACCUAUCUCCUUUUUAGAAGCUAUCGCACCAUCGCUAGCAGUCCGACUCUUUGAAAACUUUGUGGGUAACAGCUUUCAUACUUUUGCGGUGGAUAAUGAGGCGGCCAAGUCGUGCUUGUUAAAUCAAUCCUCUCAAAAACCUCAUAUGGCCUUCGCGGCCUUCCUGUUUUGGUCUUCUAUUUCGCUGUGUGGAGGGAGCGCGUGGCUUGCUCGUAUCCCUUCGGCACUCAACAUUGCUGAUAUUUUUAGUCGUUUGGAUAAGAUGGAAAUCGCUUUGCGGCUUUUUCCCCAACUCUUUGAAGAAGUUCCUCUCUCUGACGAUGAUGUCCGGUUUUGCAAGGGCGCCCUCUCGCUCAAUCCUGUUUUCCCUGGCGCACUUGUGCAGCUUGAUAGCAAGUUUUUCCUCCCACAAGAUGAUGACUCUCAUGACUCGGCGGAAGACACUCCUUUUAGAAAUAAUCCGGAAAUUAGUCACGAUUUUCUUGAUUCAGAUGAUGGCAAAUUUCAAUCCUAAUGCAUACUCGCCUUUGGUUUUUUUUUAAAAAAAAAGAAUUCAAUGUAUCACGGAUCCAAGUCAUUUUGCGUUAAGCCAUACAGUAUGCUAGGCAUAGUUUUGCAAACACAGGUUUUUUUUUGACCGUUGGUUGUGCUGACUUUUCCCGACGGAAUCAUGAUGAUCUCAAUGUUAUACAUUGGUCCCCUGUUGCAGUCCCGACGAAAAUGUUUGUCAGCACAAGGAAUCCGAAUCGACAACGAAUUGUAGAAUAGCGCUCAGAUUGGUCCCGAUUUUGGUCUCACACCUCUUUGUCAUCUGUAAUUUCCAUUACUGGCCCAUACCUAUUCCGGGGUAGGCGCAAAGUCCACUUUAGUGGUCAUUUCCUUGAUUCUUCCAAAGUUCGGUGUGAUCCCGUGUCGGGCGCCAAUCCACAUGGCGCGAUUUGUAGGGAACUGAUUCUAUAGUUUGAUGUCGAGUUCGGAUCGAAUAAAGAUAAUCUUCGUCUUUCUAAUCUCAAGCUCACUGACUAGCAAUGCAGUUGGCGCGCCAACGCUGAUCGAUCCAAGUGCGGCAUUCCUUUCUGCAGGUCCCAACCACCUUCACGUGUUCAUCUAGAAAAAAGUCUGAUAGAUUUGUAGGGUACAUGCAAAAAGCAAACGUGUUUUCUCCCAUCAUUGAACUAGGCUGUAGGGACAAGGUAAUCAUGAUGAAAUUAGACCUAUCUCCACCAUCGACAUCCCGCAAAGGUCGUUCGCCAAUGGCUGCCGACGCGGUACCAUUACCAAGUGAAGCUGAGCAUGAUGAUGGGCUGAUCGACUUCAAGGAGCAUGGGAAGUUGUUAGACGUUUUAGCGAGUGCGGAUUUGUACUAUUUCGUAAGGGAUGCAAGAAGUUUGCGUGGAAACUUUGAGACGGAUGCUAUGGCUUUCUCAUUCUAAAAGAGAGCAGCCCCAGUUGGGCGGAUUACAGAGUUGUAUGUCAAAACUCAAGAGCAAACUCUUUGUUGGAUCUUACUGUGAUAAAACGUCGACCGUACUAGGGGGAGUUACAGAGUCAGUAGACGUGUAGUUCUUCUUCUUCGACAACCUUCUAACACCAAGGCAAAAGAAAAAACGAUUGAGCACGUACGUGAGGAGAUGACGUCACUACUAGAUACCUAUGGAAAAGCGGUUGAUCCGAGAGCAGCAAGUGGAGCAGCAGGUGGAAGCCAAGAUGCAGGAGACCAAACUUCAUCAGCCGAUGCUGCAGCACUUCCAGGAGCCAAGGCAAAUAAAGCCUCCAAGGCUCCACGAGCAUCAAUGUUCGACAAUUCUACACAAGUGCGGAUGUUUGAUCGCGAGCCUCAUAGGAUAAGCGUCGCGGAAAGUUAAGGCUAGUCUGCCACUAUCCGUUUGUGAGGUAUGCAUCUUCUAUCCCGAGUGAAUGGCAUCCUCUUGAUAAUUUGUUCAAAAGUAUACCCAAACCAAGAUGAGGGAAAAAACUGAAACAACCACUCGCCCACUACCCCGUACAUACAACUAUCUGAUAGUGCAAGUGACUAUUUUCUUUGUAUACACCUUCCGUGAGAAGGAAGCCAGGGCGCCCUAUCCUCUAUCUGAUAGUGCCUUCAUUGAUUACAACCUUCUUCAUUGACUAAGUAUCUUUAUCUGAUAGUGCCUCCCCUACCCCUUUAUUGGGACUAAGUACCUUCUUUAAGAAAGGCUACGUGAGCGAGAACGUGUUCUGCCUCCUCAAAUGCGAUGGGUAGUUCGGAGCGCGCACAAAGUCCCGCGUUGUGUGCAACUUGCUUCCCACUAUUGCGCAGAAUUGGAUUACAAGCUGAAACAGUUGCUGCAACCCGAAAAGCCACUUGCAGCGGCGCCAUUUAGCGGAGGAGGAGGAGGAGGAGGAGAUGAUGGGAAAGGGAGUAUUAGGAAGGCUGUUUUGUCUAUGUACAUGUAGUUGAUGUUGAUGGUGCUUACGCUUACUUAAGAUUUUUGACGAUAUUUCUGGUUCUUGUCGUGAAGCGAACAAUUAUAGCAAUAGCGGUAAGCUAAAGCUACCAGUGAAAAACUUCUAAAAAAAGUAACAUUCCCAAUAUAGCCGCCAGUUCAGGAGACCAAGACGACGGCCCAUCGCCAUCCGGUAGGAGACGAGCGGAAGGAGAGGCGCGGCAAGUAGAAGAAAGUGGUGAGGAGGAAGGUUAUGGCUUUGGCUUUUUAUACUUUAGGUGGUCGUGACAGUAAUAUUCAUGCUUUAAUUUUUCAGACGUCGUUUUUGAGAUGAGCGUGAAUUUUUGCGAAGAGUUCUAAGAAGGAGUGGACGACGCAAGAGGCCAAGAACAGCAGACUGCUAGCGGAAGACUGAUCGCAGGAUCACGGGACUUUCUGCUGUCAGCGAUGUCAUGCACGACGAAGGAUAGUGGACAAUCAUAGGUAGCAUUACAACUCAAUGUUGUUGUAUUGAUGUUCUCUCCGAUGUUGCCAUGGUGAAUGUAGGGCUCUGGUAUUUGCUAACCUGAUUUCGAUCGCAAGGAUUUCCUUCUUGUUUUCCUUAUGAUCGAAAUCAGGUUACCAAAUACCAGAGCCAUUCAGUGAAAAUGCUCACAUGUUGUGGCGAAGAAGAUUACUAUUUUUGUUGUAUUUUUUGAGAAAUUUUGUUUUGAAUUUCAUUUCAAGAAACGAUAGUGUACUAUAGCAAUCAUAGCAGCGGGUAAUUUAACACAGUAGGUCCUGAAGGGAGAGAGAGAGCUGUAACGGCCGUAGAGUAUUUUUGGGCAACUUCAAGAUCGAAAGAGAAGAACAGAUUUAGGAAGAACAUCCCCACGACUGAUGCACUGUGCAUAUUUGUUUCCUACUUGUUUUUUUCCUCGUGAAGGCCAGGAGGAACAGAAAAGGAUGGAGAAUGUCAGUUUGUGAGAGCUGCAGAUCAAAAAGUUGAGAUGCUCUAGG